AUGCCCGAGACCGCGUCGACCGCCAACGUGCUGCCCAAGUCGGAUCCUGAUGCCAUAAAAACCGAACAAGACGCGCUCGAGGGGUAUGAAAAUGGGGGAGACGCGUUGCAAGGAACAAUGGAUGGUCAUGUUGAAACAAAUGGAGAUGCGCCCGCCACCGAGAAUCAUCAUGAGCCCAACCAUAUUCAUGACGACGAACGACCGGCAAAGAGACGACGCACACGAGACUCGACGCCCCCUCAAAAUACACCCAAAAAGAUGAAGCCAGUGUCGCCACCAUGGAAGAAGAUAUCUGCCGACGGCCCAACAUCUUAUACCGAGAAUGGCCGUCGCAAAUCUGGCCGCAUCAACACCCUCCUACCAGAACCUAGCCCACUAAGCAAAAGUCGAACGUCGAAAAGAUCUACCGGCGCGAAUUCGAAUACCAAGACUGAAAUUCACUUGACUAAUGGCAACUCAAGAAAAAUGCCAAACGGCUCUCACAAAGCGAGCCCCGCCACUAAAGCUCCCUCGAAGCAGGCACCCGCAUCGACUCCAAAAUCUGCAUCAAAAAAGCCUACAGAAACCCGAACCUCUUCCCGCUCUACCCGUCGACGAAGUCCUACUCCUCCACCCCCUCCCAAAAACUCGACCAGGUCCCGUCGAUCGGCACGAUUUAGCGAUGCGGUCAUUAAAGACGAAGCAGUGCAAGAUUCGCGGACAGCAACCUCAAAUUCUACCAAUCGAUCACCUCGGAUAAAACUACGAGUCGGACGAUCCGGUCAUAUUCCUCUUGUGCACCCUGGCCAGGUUCGAAAAAGACCAAAGAUUGGUACAAGCUUUGAGGACUUUUGGACUCGGGCUGGUGACAUUCCUGUUGAGGAGGGCGGACUCCAAGCAUCUGAAGAUGGUCCUCAGUAUACUGAUGAAUUAGCCGAGCGAGAUGCUCGUGUGAUUCUUCGAGUUGAAAAGGAAGUUGAAGAUGGCGGAAUGCUCUCCCAAGGUCGAUGCUCCAUCUUCCUCCCGGAACCGGCAGAAGAGCCGCCCAGACAAUGGGCUCGUCAAGAUCAUAUGGUCAAGGCCAUGACAAACUUUCGAAAGCUCAUGUUAGCAGAGCAACAACGUCAUCGAAUUGCAGCAAAGAAAGUAGCUGAAGCUUGUCGUGACGAGUGGCUACGGCGUCAACCAAAGUCAGAGGAAGAGAUUGAGGCUGAACAGAGGGCAGUCUGGAUAUCCCGAUACCGGAUUGUUGCUAAGACAUUGUUCGGUACAUGGGAGAAUGUCCGCACUGAAGUCAAUCGUCGAAGAUUGGCCGAGUGGGAGCAAGAGGAGCAAAGGAGGGUCAAGGCAGCAUUGAACGAGGCUGUGAACCUCUCGGAACAAAAGUUGCAGGCUCGUCAGGCAGGGCUAGACUCUGAGCAGCUUUCAGAAGAAGACGGAUUUGAUGAUCUCAGCGACGACAUGAGCAUGGCCGACGACGACGAAUUGGGUCUUGCAUCGGGCGAGGAUGAAGAUGACGAGGACGGCGAUGCUGACAGCGAUAUAAUGUCAUCAGAUGAAGAGGAAGGCGAUGAGGAAGACCAGAAAGACAUUGGCGACGAAAACUUGACACAAGAACAGCUACGAGCGAAGUACGCCCAUAUACCAGAGCUAGAGAAGCCGUCAACCGAAACUCCAGUCACCGAACCCACCCCCAAAGAUACUGACGCUGUCGACACGGCUCAAGCAACUGCGACCGAGAAUGCUGAGACGAGCGAUGAAUCAGUAGAUAUGGACGACGAUAUGGGGUCCACCGAUAUGGACAGUGAUGAGGAGGAUGAAGAAGAAGAGUCAGAAGAGGAGUCCGACGAAGAUGCCGGUGGCCUCCUGGGACUUCUUUUCGGAAAGUCUGAAUUGAAGAAGAUGAACAGUGAGGCUGUUGCAGAAACUCCAGCCGACUCAAAGGAAGAUUCCGAGAUGCCCGACGUGGAAGCAGUAUCGGAUGGUGAAGGUGCCGAGGAGAACGAAAUGUCUUUGAUCCAGAUGCCCGACCCAGAGCCUCACGAAUCUGGGGCGUUAGAGAAAUCGACUAAAGAGGCAGUCGAGGAAAAGGAACAGAUACCAGCAGCCAUGCAGGAUGUUGCAGCGGGACAGGAUGGUCUAUCAAACACGGACAACAAUGUCCAGGAGCCUGCUUCUCAAGAUAACGACGUUGCCAUGACUGGCAAUGACCCAGAGGAACCAUCUGCAUUGACUUUCGAGAAACCUCAUAGCCCAGCAACUGAACCAGCGACCAACCCUCCUAGUCGUGUGCAUAGCACAUCACCACCCGCCACAUCAGAAACCAAGCCUUCCGAGCUUGACACUGCAUCUACUGAGGAGAUGGCUGUUGAUAAGCAUGACACAAGUCGAUCCCCUUCACCCCAACCGUCCAACCACAAAAUCGAGGUGCCGUUUCUUCUCAGAGGAACCUUGCGAGAGUAUCAACGCGAUGGUCUUGAUUGGUUGGCAGGCCUCUAUGCGAAUAGCACCAACGGUAUCCUUGCUGAUGAAAUGGGUCUGGGCAAGACAAUCCAGACCAUUGCCCUUCUUGCUCAUUUGGCAUGCACCCAUGAAGUCUGGGGACCGCAUCUUGUGAUCGUCCCCACGAGUGUCAUGCUGAAUUGGGAAAUGGAGUUCAAGAAAUGGUGCCCCGGGUUCAAGAUCUUGGCAUACUACGGUUCCCAAGAGGAACGAAAGCGAAAGCGACAAGGCUGGAACAAUGACGACAUAUGGAAUGUCUGCAUUACUUCGUAUCAGCUUGUUCUCCAAGAUCAGCAAGUCUUCAAGCGUCGUCGCUGGCAUUACAUGAUUCUGGAUGAAGCCCACAACAUCAAGAAUUUUAAAUCACAAAGGUGGCAGACUCUUUUGGGUUUCAACACACAAGCCAGGCUUCUGCUUACUGGUACACCCCUCCAGAAUAACCUCACAGAACUCUGGUCACUCCUCUUCUUUCUCAUGCCGGCUGAGAAUGGUGUUGGAGGAUUCGCCGAUUUGCAAGAAUUCCACGAUUGGUUCGCCAAGCCAGAAUCGCAAAUUUUGGAGAGUGGAAGAGAACAGAUGGACGACGAGGCGAGAGCCAUCAUCUCAAAACUCCACAAGGUCCUACGACCUUACCUGCUGCGACGUCUAAAAGCAGAUGUCGAGAAACAGAUGCCUGCCAAGUAUGAACAUGUCGAAUUUUGUCGUCUGUCGAAGCGACAACGCGAGCUCUACGAUGGAUUCCUUUCUCGGACAGACACCAAGGAGACACUUAAUUCUGGCAAUUACCUAUCCAUCAUCAAUUGCCUGAUGCAACUCCGAAAGGUCUGCAACCACCCUGAUCUUUUUGUUGACCGACCGAUCAUGACUUCGUUCCGUAUGCAAAAGUCUGUCGUCUCGGAUUUUGAAGUGACAGAACAGAGGGUACAGAGGCUACUUCACGACCCCAGUCCAAUGAAGGAUGUCAGCUUGGGCUUUCUCAAUCUGAUGCCUACGCAAUGCGAAAGCCUUUCCACUACUCAAGCUGAACGCAUCUCUCAAUUGAGCUCACAUAGGAAAUUGAUGGAAUUGAGAGAAGCUCAGAAGAUUAGGGCCCAGAGCGCACACGCCAAUUUGGAUCCUUCUACGGUCGCAUCCAACAUUGGAUACUUGGAAAGCGGUGCCAGAUGGGGGCGAUACGAAGAGCUGCAACAUUGCGUCUACCUCAAUGCUUUACGCCGUCAGAAGAAGCCAAUUUACGGCAAGAACUUGAUUGAGUUAUUGACUAUUGGUACUGACAAGAGACCUUAUAAGCCGCGACCCAAGAUCCCUCGUCAAGUCUUGGCGUGGUUUGAGGAGGAGUCAACGCUCGUCCAGUCCAUGAUACCCACGGUAAACCAACGCGCCGACAGCUUUAAAACCAUUAUUGAGAAGUUCUCAUGCGUCACCCCAGCGGUUGUAACCAGAGACAUGGAGCAAUUCGUUCUCGGUCGCAAGGGCAUUGAAGCUUUCUCAGACGAAGACCUCAAACUGUCGGCGCCUGUCCGCUGGGCACCAUUCUUACCCAAGGAGGCACCCCCAGAUCCUUGGCAUGAGGGUCGCAUGCGACUCAGCAUUCAAUUCCCCGACAAGCGACUGUUGCAAUACGACUGUGGAAAGCUCCAGAUCUUGGACAAGCUGCUGCGAAAGCUUCAAGCUGGCGGUCACCGCGCUCUUAUUUUUACACAAAUGACCAAGGUUCUAGACAUCUUGGAGCAGUUCUUGAACAUCCAUGGCCACAAGUACCUCCGUUUGGACGGUGCCACCAAAGUAGAGCAGCGUCAGAUUCUUACCGACCGAUUCAACAACGACCCGCGAAUUCUUUGCUUCAUCCUGUCGACGCGAUCGGGUGGUCUUGGUAUCAAUCUUACAGGUGCCGAUACCGUCAUCUUUUACGACCAAGACUGGAACCCUGCGAUGGACAAGCAAUGUCAGGAUCGAUGCCAUCGUAUUGGACAAACGCGUGAUGUGCACAUCUACCGUUUGGUCAGUGAACACACAAUCGAGGCCAACAUUCUUCGCAAAGCGUCGCAAAAGCAAAUGCUCGACGACGUGGUCAUUCAAGAAGGAGAGUUUACCACCGAUUACUUUAAUAAGCUCUCCGUCAGAGAUGUCCUCAGCGAGAAGCUGGACUCAAAGAGUGAAGGGUUGGAUGCCGCAGACGCUGCCUUGGAUAGAGUGCUGGGCGGGCCCGACACAAAUAAUGACCAGCGAAGAGUCGGGCGGGCGCUUGAGCAGGCUGAAGACAGAGAGGAUGUGGCAGCUGCACGUGUUGCAGAGAAAGAGAUUCAGGCUGACGACGCCGAUUUUACCGAGAAGCCCAGCAACAAUGCUUCAGGUACCUCGACAGCGCGACAAGGCACACCAGCUGGCAAGUCAGUAUUGGAUGGCGGGCUCGACGACAUUGACGCUCCCCACGUGGAGGAAGUAUUGGAGUACAACGCAUGGGGCGACAAGAUGCACACCAUUGACGACUACAUGCUUGGCAUCAUGGCAGAGCAACUCAAGGAUACCAAGCUCGAGUUGCCCAAGGACAAGAAGAAGGGAAAGAAGAAGGGCAAAGACACACGCAAACGAUAA